AUGGCUAACAUGCUGGAAAUCAGGACGGAUGGAAACUCUCUGCUAAAGGCCGUGUGGCUUCGGCGAUUGCGCCUUACGAGGCUUCUGCUGGAGGGUGGAGCCUACAUCAACGAAAGCAAUGACCGCGGAGAGACGCCACUCAUGGUGGCAUGCAUGUCCAAACACUCUGACCAGCAGAGUGUCAGCAAGGCUAAGUUGGUGAAGUAUCUACUGGACAACAAAGCUGACCCUAAUAUUCAAGACAAAGCUGGAAGGACGGCCCUCAUGCAUGCUUGCAGCCAGAGGGCGGGGCAUGAAGUGGUGUCUCUUCUACUUUCCAAUGGGGCUGAUCCAAGCCUGGAAGAUCGUCAUGGAUCGUCUGCUCUAGUCUACGCUGUCAAUGGUGAUGAUAAAGAAACACUAAAAGUUCUCCUUGAUGCUUGCAAAGCUAAAGGCAAGGAGGUCAUUAUCAUUACCACUGACAAAUCUCCAUCUGGAACCAAAACCACCAAACAGUACCUGAAUGUUCCUCCCUCGCCCGAGCUGGACGAGAGAAACUCCCCAGCGCCGUGUGCCUCACCUUCGGAGAUAGAUCUCCAUGCGUCACCGUCUCCCAGCAAAGAGGAAGAGAAAGAUACUGUAUUCAAUUUUCAAACAAAGUUCAAGACGACCUCAAACACAGCUGCAAAACUUUCCAAUGGACUUACGUCCCCCAGUAAGAAGCCAGUAAACCCCAAGCGGGCUCGUCUACCCCAGUUGAAGCGAUUGCAGUCGGAGCCCUGGGGUCUGAUCGCCCCGUCUGUGUUGGCAGCAGCGAAUGAAGAGAACAAGAGAGCAAACUCUGACGAAAAUGUUGUUGCGGGUGUCAACGGCUUGAGUCUGUCCAAAAGAGGCUUUUUGUAUAGGCAUAAUAGCGUAGAUGGAAAAGAUAUCCUGUUUCCAAUGAUGGGGGAUCAGGCGACGAAAAUCUCUCCGUCUUCAUCCCUUCCCUCGACAUCAUCCAAAGCUUCAUACGAGAGAUCUCUAGCACAGCACCAGCCUCUGGCACGACGUAGCACUCUCCCCACGGAGCAGGACGUCUCCGGAGCAAACUUUGGGCCAGCUAGCCUUAGAGAUACAGUGCACCGGAGAAGACUGGGUAAUGAGCACUACGACUCAGACUCCCAGCUAUACACCGAUUCCAGCUUGCUAGACUCUCCCAAGGCACCUAUGGAGAGAAGAAAGCUCAAUACAUCCCCUCUUGCAAUGCUUACAGGUUCGCGAGAGUCCUUGGACAGCAAUCCUAGUACCUCCUCUCCUGGCACAGGCAGAUGCAGAGCACCUGGUCUGUUGGAGCGGCGUGGCUCCGGAACGCUCUUGCUGGACUACAUAUCGCACACGCGUCCGGGUCACCUGCCUCCACUGAAUGUCAACCCUAACCCUCCUAUUCCUGAUAUAGGAGCCAGCAGCAAGCCCUCGUCCCCACUUGCAGCAGGAAUCCGACCGAUAGCUCCAGUAGCACCAAACUCACCAAAGAGAGGCAACCUCAGGACGAAGAAAAAGCUUGUAAGAAGGCACUCUAUGCAAGUGGAACAGAUGAAGCAGCUUUCAAGUUUCGAAGAGCUCAACCACCAAUCAUGAAACUCAAUCUAUGUAGAUGUAGCAAAUUGCAUAGACAGGUGAAAACAAAUACCUAGUAUUUAAAGUCUCACGAGGUUUCAUGAUAUAGUCACAUAU